UUUAGCCUCCCCAAUCGUCUCUCUCUCGCUUCUCUCUGAACUUGCGCCCACCCUCUCUCUCUCUCUGCAACAACUGCAAAUUACAAAAUCUUCAAGAAUCAGAACUUCAAAGCCCAUAUAUUUCAGUUUCAUCUAUUUGUUUGCAACAAUCAAAAGUUCAAAACCCAUAUCGGCAUAUCAUUUCAGAUUGUUCAAAAAAUCAAAACCCAGAUCUAUUAGUUUCCAUCGCCGCUGUUCCAGAUCCCGUUCGCCGUUCGCAAAGCUUCAAUCGCUGUCUCUCAACUCUCAACCAUUUCAGAUUGUUCAAAAAAUCAAAACCCAGAUCUUUCAGUUUUCAUCGCCCACUGUUCCAGAUCGGGUUCGCCGUUCGCCGUUCGCCGUUCGCAAGCUUCAACCGCUGUCUCUCAACUCUCAAGCUUGCCCCCCCCUCUCUCUCUCGGCAACUGCUAACUUGAAUGUAUGGGGACGGCGGUAGAGAGAGAGAGAGAAAGAAGAGAGAGAGAGAGAGAGAGAAGAGAGAGGAGAGAGGAGAGAGAACGGAGUAAACAAAAAAAAAAAAAAGUUUUUUUUUUUUUUUUUUUUGGGUUUUGGGUUGGGUUCGGGUUGAGUCAGAGCUCAACCCGAAUAUGUAUGGGUUGUGACAAAACCGAACCCGAAUAUUAACCCGCAAAUUUUCGGAUUGGGCUUGGGUUGGGCUGGGUUAACCCGCCCAAGUUGCAGCCCCUUCCCAAAACCUAAUUCAAAAUUAGAAUUCCCCCCAAAAUUAAUACUUCCUCCAAUCAUUCCUGCCAAAAUUAACCGUAUCGACGUUGGAGUCUCCUAGCUCCAUCGUUCGCAAUCUCACGGCACUCACCGUUGCCGGCAACCGCUUCAGCUACCAUCACAGGCUACACCACCACCCGUGAAUCUCUAAUCUUCUUCUUAACCGUAACUGCAGAUGUCGCCUCCUGGCCAACCUCAGAACCCUAAACCUCCGCACAAGGGCAAGCCGUUGCCAUCAAAGGUUGUCUACCUAACUAAUCUGCCAUCCGGAUACAACGAAGAAGACGUUCUUCGUUUCUGCAAGCCGUAUGGUUGUGUCUUGCGCGCAAUCGUGUUUAGUGAUGGAAAGGAUCGUAAGGCUCUGGUUGAAUUUUCGACCAUGGCUGAGGCAACUCAUAUGGUGAGACAAUCUCAUCCAAUGCGGACUGGUGGACGUUUUGGGAAAACAAUUUAUGCUCAGUAUUCUUACAAGGAUGAAAUAUCUGAAAAGAGAGAAACGAAUGUUUCGGGAAACAUAUUAAAUGUAAGGACUGUGGGAGUGCAAUCCAGCGAUGUCAACAUUGACGUCCUUCACAUGGUUUUCUCGGCAUGUGGUUUUGUUAGGAAGAUUGCUACGUAUGAAAAUUCUGACGGCUUUCAGGCAUUGAUCCAAUUUGGAGAUUCUGCCUCUGCAACUAAAGCAAAGGCUCAGUUGAAUAAAGCUAGCAUACCAGCGUACCUUCUUCCAAAGCACUCUGGUACAUGCCACAUGUGGAUCACUCAGAGUACACUUAGAGAUCUGGACAUUCGAUUCCAGACAUAUCGAAGCAGGGAUUACAGUGACUUUUAUAUUCCGGUCGUCCCCACCUCGAUCAAGAAAUUUGUUGAGUGCUUUCUCGACAGAAAUAGCAAAGGACAUGAGAGCAAUGUGCUUUGCGCAGUUAUAGAAAAUCUUGAAUAUUGUUACUCGUUGGAUAUUCUAAGAGAUGAUUUGCACAGGAUAUUUUCCGAAGUUGGUGUUGUGCAGAAGAUUAUGACAACAGUUUGUGCAAAUGGAACGCAAGCAUUGAUUCAGUAUCCUGAUAUCCCAACUGCAUCUAUAGCUAAAGAUUUGCUUGAGGGACGUUGUAUGUAUGAUGCCUCUUGUAAGCUUCGGAUAUCUUACUACGACAAGACUGAUAUUAAGAUGGAGGCAUAUAUCCGUGGAUGUAGAGACUACACGAGACAGUGGUCGAUUCCCAGUCAACCAGCAAAUGCGUAUGGCCCACCUGUUUGGUGCCAGAAUCCUAAAGGAGGGCGACUGACUUACGGGAGUGAGUUUGCUGCCGCUGGUGCGGUGGAAAUUAAAGACGCAUUUGUGUGGAAUCCGACCGAGCAACGUGGCUAUGUUCCUCCUCAUGUCACUGCUACUGCUGAGUUCUAUCCGACCAUUGAAGAUUUGUUCUUUUUUAUUUUCUUGGAGUAGAUAAAAUUGUUUCUCAGCAUUUAUGAAAUUUCCUGGUGGUGUUUCGAAUGACUUGUUUUCACCCCUCAUAUUUUCCUCUUUUGGUGGAGGCAGUAGAGGGAGGGAGGGAUGGGUUCAAAAUAUGAACUUGCGGAUUCAUUAAGGCAAGAAUAAUUUGUGGGUUUUGCGCUUGAACUUAACAAGCCUUACAAUGAGGUUACAAUGUUGUUUUCAGUCCAUGCAUCAGAAUUAUGGCUGCUUGUAGCUAGCCUUGGUCAUUUGCUAUGGUUGCUUGGCCUUGGUCGUGAAGUAUUUGCUUGAUGGCUUUUGUGCCUUGUUUGUACAUACUGAUCUAUAUGAAAGCUAAUCCUUUACCAGGAAAAAAAAGGGGGUUCAAAGUUUGUGGUUCUUUGGUUUGUCCAGAAAUUUUUGUGGUCCUUAUGAU